AUGGCUUGCGUGGAGCUGCUUGACAGGCCAAAAAGCUUAAACUCCGGUCGUGUCACUGCGGCAGCCACGCAUUGGACCCUGACGGGACGUUCGGCAAUCCAGCGACGCCUAUGGAUCGGUGUGGAUGCUCAGAGAUGCACACAGAAAGCGCUCGAAACGAGCUCUCUGCACCGCUCUGGACCCUGUAUGGCGCUUCCAGAGACCCGUGGAACUUCUCAGCCUUUGAACGCGGGGCAAGGUCGAAAUUUCCAUGACUUGCAUGGCUUCACACAAGAAGCUUCUCGCAAUUUCCGCGAAAAUUUAAAAAUGUCCACUGACACAGAUCUGCCCAGUCGCCACGCUUCAUCGACCCGAUUCGAGAAGAGGGGGCUGUUAGAUCGACAAAUCCGGGUCAUGCUCGUUCCGAAGCAGUCGGCACCAUGGUGCAUGCUUCGCCGAAGAGACGUGCUGCACACAAAAGGGAUCCGAUGCACCUCGAAAACGAUGGUGCCCGAAGCGCACAGCGCAAUUCCGGGGCGCGCUUGCAUGACUAGUGCAAAUCCAAGGCAUCACCUGCAGAGAAGAGAGUUGGCAAGCAGUGCUUUGCAUUGUGAUGGCAAGAACCUUGACUUCGUGUUGCUCGUCUUCUGGUCAACCGAGCUUUCGUAG